GUGCAAAACAGGUGCAAAGGUGCAAAACAUUUGAGACAAAGCUCUUCCUCAGUGCCACAUGUGCCAGAAUGCACUGAAUAAAAGAUUGUUUGAAGAGACAUAAGCCUGGCAUAUCACCGAGUGCGGAUCUUUAUCUUACUAACUCUCUGUUUUGUUGGACCUACACACCGGACUAACUUGGUGAUUUGAUAUUGAACAUUUGGCGCUGCUCCUCUUCUGUAACUUUAUUUUUUUCCAAAAAAUAAAUGUACUAACAAAAUUGCUAAGUUGGCAACACUGUAUGUUGCCUUAAAUAACUACGUUUUGUUUUUGCUGCGCAAACCAGUUGUUGAAUAACAUUAAAGUACCACAAGAGUGAUUCAAAAGUGUAAGGAGCCAUCUGAUCUGUUCUCUGUAGCUCUCAUGGUCAUACAACAAUCUGCAAAGUGCAAACAGCCAAAACCUGGUUAUUUUAGGCAACAUAGAAAUCCUGGCCAGGACGUGGCCCUGGAAAAUGGCAUGUCUGAAAAGUUGGAUGCUCCUUUGAAAAGUGAACUGAGAGGCAUUCUUCUAAACAGCAAAUCAAUUGAAGGACCCACUACAAGAUAUUUACUGAACCCAACAGUCUUAACCGAUGGAAAAUUGCUAAGAAGAGAGAGAAUUGGACAAAAAAAUGAAGAGAAACCUCGCAAGGUCAUACUGAUGAUUGGAGAAACAGGAACAGGGAAGUCCACUCUCAUCAAUGCAAUGAUCAAUUACAUCAUGGGUGUCAGAUGGGAACACAAGAUAUAGUUGGAGGUCAGAGAGAUAUCUGAUGAUCAAAGUACAUCUCAGACAAAAGUCGUGAUUGUUUAUGAGGUUUAUACGCAGAACUGUCCAUUCGUUCUCACUGUUAUAGACACACCUGGAUUUGGUGACACAGAAGACUUUAAUAAAGACAAAAACAUUGCUGAAGCUUUACAGCAGUUGUUCAGAUCCGAGGAUGGCAUCCAUGAAAUGCAUGCAGUGUGCAUUGUGCUAACUGCAACAGACACUCGACUCCAUGACAGAAAACGCUAUAUUUUGGAUGAAAUUCUGUCAUUAUUUGGGAAAGAUAUAGAAAAAAACAUCUUACUACUUUUCACACACCAACAAAAGAAAAAUCUCCCAAAAAGAAUCCAUUAUUUCAUCAAAGAAUGCUUUGAGAAAUAUUUAAAAAAUCAGGAAUAUAAGCAUUUUAAGUUUGACAACUGUCAGAGUGAGUGCUAUGAAGAGGAAGACAGAGAGAGUUACAAAACAUCUUGGGACCAGGGGAUUGAAAAUUUCGGGGAGCUCUUCAAAUAUUUGAAUGGGAUAAACCCAAAAAGCUUAAAUAUGACUGAAGGUGUGCUUAGAGCCAGAAAACAACUGGACGCUAGUGUCAACAAUUUAAGGGACAGGAUUGAACUGGCAGAACUUAAAAAACAAGAGCUUGAACAAACAAAAACAGCUUUGGACAGGUUUAAAAAUUACAGAGAAGAACAGAAUAACUUUCAAUGCGUAGUUGAUGAACCCUACAAAGACGAGGUCCCAAUAAAUGCAUCAUGGUGGUACUGGAGCAAACAGGCAACCCGCUGCACUGUCUGUCAGGAGAACUGCCACUAUCCAGGAUGCUGGUGGGUCAGAGAUCUCUCAUGGUGUAGUGUGAUGUCAAAAGGACAGUGUACGGUCUGCAGUGGGAGGUGUCACCACACUCAACAUGUGAAAGAUUCUAAAAGAUAUGUGAAUAAAACAAGGAAGGUCACAAGAACAAAUGAUGAUCUGAAAAGGAAAUACGAAAAGGAGUUUGGAGAGAAACAAAGUAUGAUGGCCAAACUAGAGACUGAGAUCAGGCAGAUAGAAGCAGAGAAGAUCAGGCUUGUGGAAGAGUGUUAUCAGUGUUUGGAGAAAUUAAUGGAGACCGCAUUAAAAUCUACAUCCAUAUCCUCUUUCAUACAUCUGGAUUUCAUGAUUGAGAAAGUGAAGGAAAGUGGAAAACAAGAAAGAGUUAUGAAACUUGAGGAACUUAAAAAGAGAGCAGCUGAGGAGAAUAAAGGACUAGCUGAUAGUUUCUACGGUUAUUGGACACGUCAGUAAAUAGAUAUAUUUGUGCAAAUAUUCUGGCAGAUUUAAAAAUAAAAGAACUAGAAAAAGAAAAGAAAAGAAAAGAAAAAAGGUCUUAGAUGUGGGUAAUAAAAGAAUACUGUGUCUGUCCAGCUCUCAUUGGACUAAAAUCUGUUCAUCAUCUCAUGUAAUUGAAGGAUCUCAGGAUCCUGUAAUGCAACUUGUGUGUGUUUUGCUUCAAGAGAGCAAACAUACUUUUGGGUUGUUUUACUUUCUUUCACUUAUUCUUCAUUCAUUUAUAAUCAUUUAUCAUUUAAUCAUUAUUAUUGAUGAGUAUUACAUUUUAUAUUAUUUCUCCAUUGUUGUUUAGUCUAAUGAUGUGUGGUUUCAAAGGGCUGUUUGUCUUAUUCUUAAGUAUAAGAAUAUCUUCCUUUCAAUGUUUUUAACGUCAUGUUAUGUAAUUUUCCAUUCCAAUGGCUUGUGGUAUAAUAAAACCUUUUGGAUUUGUUUGUUAGAUGAAGUCUGAGCAUUGAAACAUACGCAAUUACGAUUAUUCAAUAAACUCUGCUGCUGAAGUUAUUGC